AUGGGCAAACUCAGUGCAAUGCUGCUGUGCGUUGUUUUGGUGUUGGGAAUGAUGGGAUAUUCCAUUGCGCAGGCGCCAGCCGGUUCUCCGGUGGCCUCGCCCAAGCUGUCACCGGUUCCAUCCCCCGCAAAAAAAGCGGCGUCGCCCUCGCCCUCAGCUGCUCCUGCGGUUUCCUCCACUGCCCCAGCGCCCGCAUUAUCCGUCACUCCCACCGCAGCCGAAGCACCGGGCCCAUCCACCGUCGUCACCGGCUCAUCCGGUGGCUCUGCUAUGGGAUCUCACAAUCUGGCGGUCUUUGGCGCUGCUUUGAUCGGAGGGGCCGCUUUGCUUCUAUAA